AUGACCGAGCGCUUCCAGACAGAACUGCUUGACCACCAAAGGAUUCCGAGUAACAAAAGUGAACACUCGGUCAGCGCGCCCCACGUGCGGAGCCCGGGACAGGCGGUGCCCACUUCUGCAGGGCGCCUAGUGCGUCGUUGGCGCUCGGGAAACCUGAGCCGGGAAAGCCGAACCCCGCGGGGCCCCCAGACCCUGCCUUCCGUCCCCCCACCCUCGGCCCCCAGCGGGGGUGGGGCCUCUGUCCGAGUCCCGCUUGCUCUCCAGCAGAGCCCUCCGUCCCGGCCCGCACGCCUCGCCCCCGAGUCAGGCCGGUGCUCCCACCCCAGCAACUCGGCGGGCCCGGGUCACACUGGGGCCGCCGCUGGCCGGGGCCCACCCCCCCCGCCCCGCCGUCUCCUCUCCCUCCCCUCCCCCCGGGAGGGAGGAGGAGACUCGGCGGCCCUCCCACGGCCCUCCAGGCGGCGGCCACAGCAAGCCCCGUGCCCGCUCCGCCCAGCCGCGGCGGGUCGGACGUCCGGAGCCCGCGGGUCCCCGGCCGAGGUCCAAGGAGGAGGAGGCAUCCCCCACCCAGAGACCCGGAGAGCGGUGGAGAGCGGUUGCCGUCAUGCACAGGGGGAUCGCGUCCUCCGGGCAUCCCCGGUGCCGCCCCUGAGUCCCGCCCCGAGUUGGAACCGAGGGCUCGCCCGCACGGCCGCACCAUGAGCCACGGGCCCAGCCCCCGACUGGCCGAGUCCCCGCAGCUGUCCAAGGGCAGCCUGCUGACCAUCCUGGGCAGCCCGUCGCCGGAGCGCAUGGGGC